UUAGGACGGCUUUGAAACCUAACCUUCUCUGACCUCUGGAGUCUUCGCUAUCGAAAUGUCAAAACUCGAAAUUUACUGAAAAUGGUCACCAAGCAUACGCGAAAAGCCUUCACCUUCUUAAAAGCCUUCACCUUUAUUUAUACUCGAAUUCAUCCUCUCUCACUCUCUCCACCCUGAAUUCGUAAGUUCUUUACGGCCACUGUGAUCUCAUCUUCCCACGAUUGAAAGUUGUUUACUUUCUUGUAGGGAUGCUGAGUAGGGCUCUUCAGCUGGAAGAAGGUAAAGACAUUCUGGUUACAGGCGGCGCUAGGACAGGGCUAAGUAAGGCGUUUCCUUUCAAGCUGCUUCUUCUGCUAGGGUUUUUUCUAGCUUUCUCUGUUGCUUUCAUCAUCAUUAGUGUAUCCACAAUCAAGUAUUAUGGAAUCAAUACUGUAGUGACCUCAGUUACUUCUACUUUUGUGCCUUGCCGCGAGAAACCAAAUGUUCUGAAUAAAUGGAUUAAGCCCCCUCUAGUUCUUAUGCAUAAUAUGACCGAUGAAGAGCUCCUUUGGCGGGCGUCUUUCGUGCCUCAGAGAAAAGACUAUCCCUUUAACAGGGUCCCCAAAAUCGCGUUUAUGUUCUUGACAAUGGGUCCCUUGCCGCUUGCACCGCUUUGGGAGAGGCUUCUCAAGGGUCAUGAAAUGCAUUAUUCAGUGUACAUCCAUUCACAAGUUUCUUCUUCAGCCGAGUUUCCACCUUCCUCUGUUUUCUACCGUCGGCAGAUUCCAAGUCAGGUUGCAGAAUGGGGAAGAAUGACAAUGUGCGAUGCAGAGAGGCGGCUUCUUGCAAAUGCUCUGCUCGAUAUCUCAAACGAAUGGUUUGUUCUCCUCUCCGAGUCAUGCAUUCCCCUCUUCAACUUCACAACUAUCCACGGUUACAUAACCAAAUCAAAGCACAGCUUUAUGGGUUCAUUUGACGAUCCCAGUCCCUAUGGCCGAGGCCGCUACAAUGGCAACAUGUCCCCUGAAGUUUCAAUAAACGAAUGGAGAAAAGGGUCUCAAUGGUUUGAGGUUAACCGGGAGCUUGCAGUUUCCAUUAUCAAAGAUACAUUGUAUUACCCUAAAUUCAAAGAGUUUUGUACGCCCGCUUGUUACGUGGACGAGCAUUACUUCCCAACAAUGUUGACUAUUGAGAAACCAGCGGCCUUGGCUAACCGUAGCUUGACUUGGGUGGACUGGUCGAGAGGUGGACCACACCCGGCUACAUUUGGACAGUCAGAUGUCAGUGAGGAGUUCUUUGCAAGGAUCUUGAAUGGUGACAACUGCACUUACAAUGGAGGAAACACAUCCAUGUGUUAUCUCUUUGCUAGGAAGUUUUCUCCGAGUGCUUUGGAGCCUUUGAUUUACAUUGCUCCCAAGAUUCUGAGUUUUUGA